AUGGAAGAUCCGAGCGACACCAUGAACGGACUGCACCUUGCUCAGAUGCCUCAUGAGGUCUGUGCAGGCGUCGUGUGGAGCUUGGAGAUGUCGGAUGUGGGUCGUUUCGCACCGACCUGCAAGCUUUUCUCGCAGGAGGCGAUGGACGCAGAGCUCUGGUUCCAUCUCUUCAUGCGGACCUGCUGGCCACCAUCAGGAGCACUUCUGGCCUUUGCAGAGGGCACCACCACGCCAGUUGGCAUCGACUGGCGAGCCCGCCUACAGGCACGCUCAGCCGCAAGUCCGACCAUCGUGGUGGAUGUUGGCCGAGGGUAUACCAAGUACACGGUCGCUGAUGGAAUACAGGGGCGCUGGGAGUCGGAUGGCUGUCCUCCGCAGCUGGUGCAGCUGUGCUCUUCGCCAACGCAUCCCCCAGACUGUGAGCGGAAUGAGCAGCUGCGCUACAUCCAGUACAUGCUGAACCGAGAGUUUUUGCAAGCGGCCGUGAACCCGUCUCACCGGCUACACAAGACGGCACUGGCACCCCAAUCCAGCCUGAAAGCCGGUGCCUACGCCGUGUGGAGCGAAGAGGGCACUGCCAAGCCCGUCAAGGUCGGUGCCCUCGACGAGGCUUCCGGGCGCUGGUCGGUGGAGGAGAUCCACAGCGCAGAGCGGCCACGCAUCUCCGUGCAGCCCGAGGCCUUGACCCCGAUCCGAAUGGCCCAGGAGCUGCCGAUCCUCAUCGGCGAGCCCUUCGUGAUCACGGCUGCCGGCGCCAGCGAGAAGGCAUCCUGGGAACAGAAUAUCCGCAGCCAGCUGGGGAAUGAUCGCCCGGGUGCCGUUCAGCUGGUCUCUCAGGCCCAGAUGGCGCUGUGGGCCCAUGGUGUGGACCACGGCAUCGUCGUCAACAUCGGGCAGGGCCAGACGAUUGCUCUCCCUGUGGUGAAGGGCGAGGUGUUGUCACAAAGUGCCCUGAGCUUUUCCGUGGGAAGCGGCGACUUGACACAGGUGAUGGUGUCUCUGAUGAGCAGGAGGCAUCCUGCCAUUGUGGAUAGCUCCCUUAUGACGUGGUGCCGAGACCUCAAGGAGAACUACUGCUACGUCUCGCCCCCGGGGCGUGGCUGCAUGCGGAGCCGCCUCGCUGCUGGCGACGACUAUGGAAUCCGGCCCGUGGAGGUCGAGUUGCCGACAUACGCCUCCGCCCGGAAUGGCCCCGGAGAGAACAGCCUGGAGCUGGCGGAGGAGCGCGUUCUGGUUCCCGAAGUCCUCUUCGAGUCUAACCGCGGUCUCGGCCUGCCAGGGCUCAUUGUGCGCUGCGCAGAUGCGGUGCUCGCCUCCGGGAGCAGCAGCGAGGAGGAGGUCCGAGACUUGCUCCGGCAAGUGGUGCUGGUUGGGGGUGCAGCAGACUUUCCGGGCAUUCGACCUCGGGUCGAGUACGAGGUGCGAAACCUCUUGCAGAGCUCCCAGUUCGAGCGCCUAUGCAGUUGCCUCAGCUCCCCAGACGACGUCUUCGUUCUGAACCCUCCGCUUGGGGAGGCGGGGCCGUUGGUCACUCCGCGGUUCGUGCCCCUGUUCGGCGGCUGUGUUCGGGCUGCCAGCUCAGCGGGCUACGGCGCAUGGGAGAGGGACAGCAAUGUCGGGGCGCUUCGCAGCCUUCCGCUGCUGGCCGAGCUACCCGAGGGAGAAUCGAACAGCAGACAGGUCUUCUGGCAGCAGCGGAUGCGAAGAAUGCUGGCGCUACAGCUGCCAGACAUUUUCCGUACUGGUGGUGGUGGAGGGGAGGAUGAUCAAGCGUGGCAGAUGCUGGACGAAGACAGCGUGGAGUCUGAGAGUUCCAAUGUGGAAUUCGAGGCAGAGGAACAAGAGUCCGAGAGCGGAUACUCGCCAUCAAGCCCCGUGGAUUGGCCCCAAGCCAUUGAAGAAGCAACUGUCUCCCCUAGCCAGGGGGUCUCUUCCGGCAGUGGCAGAACCAAGGGCAAGGGCAAGGGAAGUGGCGUGAGCAGCAAAGGCCGGGGAAAGGGUCGAGUGAGGCGAGGCCGGUUGGUUUGGAGGCCGGUCCAAGCUGAAUGA